AUGGCGAAAGUACUCGAUCUACCAAAACUACAACCUUUUACCUUGGGGGAAACUUCGACCAUUAGCCAACGGUGGCGAAAAUGGAUCAAGUCAUUCGAAUAUUAUAUCGCUGCCUCGGGAAUCAACAACAAGAAACAACAACGUGCCAUCCUUCUCCACCUCGCAGGACCUGAAGUUCAAGACAUUUUUGAAACCCUAGAAGACACUGGCAACGAUCUCGACACCGCAAUAGCAAAGUUAACGUCCUACUUCGAGCCACAAAAGAACAUUCCUUUCGAGCAUCACAAUUUUCGACAGACAACACAACUACAAGGAGAAACAAUCGAACAGUUAGCUAUCCGUUUAAAACACAAAGUAAAAUUCUGCGAAUAUGGCAACCCCAACGAUAUGAUCCGUGACCAGAUUAUCGAACAUUGUUCGUCUAGUCGUUUGAGGCGACGAUUACUUCGCGAACCAGAACUUACUCUUGAGAAAACAGUCGAAAUCGGUCGUUCGUUCGAAGCAUCCGAACGGCAAGCCUCGCAAAUAGAAGCAGACAGCUUAAAAACCACCGACCUGGGCGUAAAUGCAAUCCGUUCUAAAGCUGCAUCAUCUCGUUAUCCAACAUCGAUACAAACAGGUCGUUCGAAUAUCGUUUGA